AUGACUUCUGCAUUAUACUAUCAAUCAAUGACAGUACCACCAUCACAACAACAACAACAACAAACACCGCAAAUACCGAUGUACUAUCAUCCACAACAACAUCAAUCACAAUUGAUACAGCAACAAGUACUACCACAACAAAUUCAUCAUAUGAUUCCAUCAUCACAAACACAAAAUCGUGAUCAACAUCAUCAACCAAAAGAAAUGCAUAAACCAAAAGGUCGAAUGAGUGCAUAUACAUUUUUUGUCCAAAAAUGUCGCGAUGAACAGCGAAAAGCAUAUCCAAAUGAAAAUGCUAAUUUUAGUGAAUUUUCAAAAAAGUGUGCUGAAAAAUGGAAGACAAUGACAGAAAGUGAUAAAGCAAAAUUUGCUGCACAAGCUGAAGUUGACAAACAACGAUUUGAACGUGAAAUGGCUGCUUAUCAACCUGGUGAAAAGCGUACGAAAAAAAAGAAAAAAGAUCCACUUGCACCAAAACGACCAUUAUCAGCAUUUUUUCAUUAUUGUAAAGAAGAACGACCAAAAUUAAAAGCAUUAAAUCCUAGUUUAUCUGUUGGUGAAAUAGCCAAAGAAUUAGGUGAUCGAUGGAAUCAUACAGCACCUGAUGGAAAACAAAUUUACGAAGAAGCAGCACAAAGAGAUAAAGAAAGAUAUGAAAAAGAAAUGAAUGAAUUCAAAUUAGCAAAUAAAAAAGCUUCAAAAUCAAAUUCAUCACCUCAGACAAUAACACAACAACAUCACUCGGAACAACAAGUCAGAAUACAUCAAGAUCAGCAGCAACAACAACAACAACAACAGUAUUCUUCUCCGUCAUACCAAUUACCAUCAUUUAAUCCCAUGCAAUCUUUUCAACCCCAAACUUUCGGUCAAAUGAAUAAUUUUCAAGAUAAUGGCUUAACAUCAUCACUCUUUCCUCAUUAUAAUGGUUAUUCAUUAUCAAUGCCACAUAACAAUGUUCAAAUGCAACAAUUUCAAGUUUUACAACAACAACAACAGCAACAUAUGCAACAUCAGACUUAUCAAACAUUAACAUCAGUUAAUACGAAUCAUCUCGAACAACGACAUGAUGACGAUGAUAAUUGUGAUGAUAACACUACUGAAUCUGAGGAUGAAGAAUAA